UUAUAAUUUGAAUGUUGCAAACCACUAACUCUGCAUCUUUUUCUCUCUUUUCUAUUACUCUCAGUACCUUUCCACCACGUGCGUCCAUCUUGUAUACCAGGGACUCUCAACCUUUUAGCUCCACGCUCCCCUUAGAAUCCUGAAUAGAAUAAUCAGAAUAUUGUAUUUAUUUGGUGCGUUAUUAGCCAUUUUCACUCUAUUGUAACUUAAAUAAAUUAGGUACCACUUUAUAUUCCUACGCAAUACUAUUGCUAAUGACUAAUACGACGAACUACUACUAUUACUAAAAACUAAUAUUCAAAACCAUCUCGGUGUAUCGAAAAGUGUCUGUUAAAAGGAAGCAAAUAAAGAUGGCGCUAUAAAAGCAAGUGGAAGAAUUUUAAAAAGAGCGCCACAAACUAUUAGAGUAGGAUAGUAAAUUCAUUUUUUUUUUGAAAGUCAUAAUUAUCUCAAAGAAACUAUUAAUAUACAAAUUCAUUAGGAAAUUGUAUGUAAAACAUACAACUGCUAAAUUCAUAUCAUUUUCACUUGCUACACUAGCGCUAUUUUGGCGAGUCUUCGUAUUAUAAUUUAUCAUAUAAGACGGUUCUCUAACCUCCAUAACCUUAAUUUCGUAAUGCAUACUAUUUUUGUGGUUUCGACUAACCUACAUUAUAUUGAGGUUAAGCGUGUCAUAUUAUUAAAAUAAUUAUUAUAACUACAUAAUUCUUAAUUCUAAAUUCUAUAAUCAAAAAAACUGAAAUAUAGCAACAGUUUACAAAGAAAUGGAUAUUCAAAAUGUUAAAGAAGAAAUUGAUAUCCAUAAUAUUAAGGAAGAAGUGGUUGACCACGAUGAUAUUCUAUCGAAUAUCAAUUUAAAACAAGAAUUGUUUGAAGAAGUAUCUACGCUAAAAAUUCAAAAUACAAAUGACCAAAUUAAUGGAAGUUAUGCAAUCAAACAAGAAUUAAAAGAAGACUUGAAUACAAAUAAUAUAUUUGAUAAUUAUGAGAAUGUAGCUUAUAAAACAAAAAGAAACAUUUUCAGUACACACCACAUAAAAAAUAAACUGGGAGAUUCAAGAGUUAACUAUGGAAAGCGAAUUAAAUUAAAAGGACUGAUGAAAAAUGAAAAAUAUAUUCAACCAAAUGCUAUGGGGCUGAUGAUAUGUGCAUAUUGUGGAAAUUUUUAUACAAAACAAUUGUUAUGGCACUCAGAAAUCGAUCAUUAUAUAAAACCAAAAAAAUUUUUUGAGAUUGAAAUUCACCAUAAAAGUAAAAUUGAUACCAGUGUUAUGGAAAAUGUUGAUAUAAAAAACAUAGUUGAACAUAAAUUGAAAAUGGAGUUGCAGGAAACCACGAAUGAGUUGGAUGUUACUGAUCAUUUAAACCCACAUAUACAUGAAGGUUCAAAAUUAUUUGUAGAAGGAAAUAAUUCAAAUAUGCAAUCACAUACUUACACAAGGUCAAAACCUUUCGAAUGUGACAUUUGUAUGAAACCAUUCUCUCAUAAAGGUAAUUUUUAUAUGCAUAUGCGUAAACACACAGGGGAGAAGCCGUUUGAGUGUGAUAUUUGCAUGAAAUCAUUAUCUCACAAAGGUAAUUUGUAUAUACAUAUGCGUAAUCACACAGGGGAAAAGCCGUUCGAAUGUGACAUUUGUAUGAAACCUUUCUCUCAUAAAAGUAAUUUAUAUAUACAUAUGCGUAAUCACACAGGGGAAAAGCCAUUCAAGUGUGACCUUUGUGUGAAAUCUUUUAAACAGAAAAGUAGUUUUAAUGCACAUUUACAAAGUCAUACUGGUGAAAAACCAUUCAAAUGUGAUGUUUGUAUGAAAAAUUUUUCUCAUAAAAGUAAUUUAAAUAAACAUAUGUAUAGACACUCAGAGGAAAAACCAUUCAAAUGUGAUAUUUGUAUGAAAAAAUUUUCUCAUAAAAGUAAUUUGAAUAAACAUAUAUAUAGACACACAGGGAAAAAGCCAUUCAAGUGUGAUCUUUGUAUGAAAUCAUUUCCAUAUAAAAGUUAUUUAAAUAUACAUAUGUGUAAGUACAUAGGAGAAAAAACAUUCGAAUGUGACAUUUGUUUCAAACCAUUCACUCAACAACGUAACUUAAAUAUACAUAUGCAGAGUCAUACAAGUCAAAGUUCCUUAAAAUGUAAUAUUUGUUUAAAAACGUUUUCAAAGAAAGGCAAUUUGAAUCCACAUUUACGUAGUCACACAGGAGAAAAGCCAUUCAAAUGUGACAUUUGUAUGAAAUAUUUUUCACAGUUAAGUGGUUUAAAUACACACUUGCGAAGACAUACAGGUGAAAAGCCAUUUAAAUGUGAUAUUUGUUUGAAAAUUUUUUCCCAUAAAAAUAAUUUGAAUACACAUAUGUGUAAUCCCACAGGAGAAUAGCCAUUCCUCGUGACAUUUUUGUAUACCUAUUCUUACCAUGACAGAUAAUUGAAAAAAUUUUUGAUAGGGAACGGAAAAAGGAUAAAACAAUCAAUUAAUUUUCUAAUAUAAUUGUAAAAUAAAUGUUAUAUGAUUAUUAUUAUUAUGUUUUCUUCCAUUUAAAUUGUUUGUCUUAUCAAAAUAAUUAGAAUUUGUAAUUUUUUGGCACCGUGAAGCUGUUUUCUCUGAAAUGUGUAAGAAAUCUCUACCAGCUUACACUAAAACUUACUUCAUCUAUGUGUCUGACAUCAACUAUUUUGCUCUUUUUUCUUCAUUAUUUUCCUGCAACCCCCAAUAAGCUGGACCCUUCUUAUCUUCUUCAUCGUCGACUGGGCAUGACCCAAUCUCCUAAGCUCCUCUGUAUCAGUGUAGAGAGCUCGCUGUUACUUAUCCUGUCGCCUCGUACAGUAUGUCAGUUGUGACACGUCCUAGUUUGCUCUUCGCGUCGCACAUCAUGGAGGACUUUCGUGGUUUAUUACUGCUGUACUUGCGCUGUAUCCACUUAUCCACGUUAGGGAUUAAACGGUAGGUCCACCAUCCCUUUGAAGACUUCUCCCACGUCUCUUGCAAUUACAUCAUUAUUUUUUAUAUAUAGUUUCUUGUAUUUGACAUUUAUCAUAUAUUUUCUUUUAUUAUUUUUACAUAAUUAGAAUUUGCAAUUUUUUUACAUGUGAAGCUGUUUUGUAUUUUUGUAAUAUCUGAUGAUCGCUCAUAUUUUUUUAGCUGUUGUUUUCUAUAUUCAUUGGCCAGUAUUAAGUGAAGACUCUAAAUUGUAAUAUAUUUAUGCAAACAAUAAAUUUCAGUAUAAGUUUGGAAUUGAA